UAUUUCAAAAAUAGUGAAAAUUCUGAUGGAUACUAUGAUAUCAAAUUAACCACUAAAAGUAUAUUGAAUCUUUUAAUAUAAAUAUAAAAUUAUUUUAAAAUAUAUUUCUAUAUAGUAUGUACAACAUAGAUAUACUUGCUUUUUAGAAACAGCUCUCCCAUUUGCUGAUUUGACAAUACAAAUUUUCAUGACGUGUCUUUAUUAUACAGAAAAAGAGGUUAGGCUAAUAUCUAGGGGUUUUACAUAGAUACAAUUUAUUUAAAAAGGUUCUUGUUUACUAUGUUAUAAGAAUUUAGAAUACGUUAAGCAUUAGUGAUAAUGGCGGACCCUACACAACAAAAUGAAGCUAGAUCAGACAAUUACUGUAAAGAUAGAUAUUUCCAUUCCAGUAACAGACCCUACCGCGGCAGGGGUAGAGGUAGAGGUAGAGAUUACAGGGUAGAUAAUGUUGAGCGAGCUCUUAGCGAAUUAGGAGUAAGAGAUCUAAGAGAACACCUUGAUAGAAAACAUCAGAAUGAACAGUCAAAAAGUGGCCCACCAUCAGAUCCAUCUUAUAAUUAUCUAAAAGACCCACUAAGAGAAAAUGAAGAUAAUAGUGCAAAUGUACAAUCAUCUUCUUUAUUGCGCUCACAUAGCUACAGGGGUCGAGGAAGAUCUAGAUAUGAAGAAGAUACAUUUAUACAAAACCCGAUGAAUAUUAAGGUAGAAUUGAUUACUUCUACUGGUCAAAGAAGUUGUACAUUAAAUGAAGGUUCCAAAUUAGCGGAUAUAAAACAUAUACCAGAUUAUGAACAUCCACAACGUGGCGGCUUCGUGAGAGGUAGAAGCUCUAGAGGAAGAGGCAGAGGAAGAUUUAAUAAUGAUCCAUCAGAUGAAGGUGAGAGGAUUAGGUCUAAGAGUAGUGAACGUAGAAGAAACAGUGAAGCAAGGAAUCACCGUAGAAGCAAAAGUGUGGAAAAUAAAGGUAGAAAUAGGGAAACAACAACAAAUAAUUCUGAAUCUAAUCCUAAAUCUACAUCUGAAACUAAUGAUUAUCAAGGGAGAGGAAACGUAAAAACUUCUUCUGAAAUCAUACCCGAAAAUGUUGACUAUAGAGGUAGAGGAAGAAUUUCAUCAUAUACUUCUGAAUAUUUACCACACAAUCAAAAACCAAGAGGAUCAUUUGAUAAUAACACCAGAGGGAGGUUCAGGAGUAGAGGAAGACGAUGGGGAGGUAGAAGAGGUGGUAGAGGUAACCAAAGACCAACAAAAUCUGACAUUGACCAGAUUGCUAAUACUGAUGUGACUACUGAAGAAAAUUGGGAAGAUGAAGAAAAUACUGAUAAACCUUGUGAGACUAACACAGAGAUUGAAGAUGUUGAAAAUAACGAUCAGGAAACAAAUCCUCCAGCUAGCUAUUCUGAAGAUAUCAGUAUCGUAGUAAACACAACUAACGAAGGUAAUAUUAAAAAAAGAACUGUUAGAUUCAAUUUGAAUGAAAAUAAAGAUGAAAAAAAUGGAGAUUUAAUACAGGAAAAAGAUGAGGACAAACCUUGCAAAGUUGCUAGUAGCGUUCAGUAAACAACACUGUUAUUUCAAUAUUACCUCUGCAUAUUCAAUUUUUUUUUUUCAAAGUAACUUCAAUAUUAUGUUCUAAAUGUAUUGGAUGCCAUUUUUGAAAACUAUUUGUACUCCCAUUGUUUUGAGAAAAAAAUGAGUGAUAGUUGGAAAUUGUCCUUGGCUGAAGUAAUAGAAACAAAUAAUAAAAAAUAUGAAUUUUUUAUCAUAACAUCAUGUAAUAUCAGAGAUAUAUUUCUUUUCAAAAGUUAUAAAUAUUUAAAAAUAUUUUUUGCUGAUCAAGUUUUGGAAGAUUUUUUUCAAUUUUAGUUUGGGGUGUAAAAACAUAGAUUUUGAUUAUUCUUUUCUGAAAUAUUUCAAUUUAAAUUUCUGCAUUUUUUAUUUGUAACUUUUUUCAUCUUUCAUGAAAUAGUUGAUCAUAACAACAAGUAAUAUCAAAGAUAUAUUUGUUUUUAAAAGUUAUGAUCAUUUAAAAACAGUUUUUAUUGAUCAAGUUUUGGAAUAUUUUUUUCAAAAUUUAGUUUCUGAUGUAAAUACAUAAAUUUUGAUUGUUCUUUUCUGAAAUAUUUCAUUUUCUUUUUCAAUAUUUCAAUUUGAAUUUCUGUAUUUUUUAUUUGUUACCAAUAAAGUUAUGUCAGGACAGUGAUAUAUCACCAGUGGUAUUUUCAAAACAUGAAUAGAGUGAUUUUGGUAUCUACCUCCAUUUUUCUUAUGUACCACAUUUUACGGAAUUUUAAUAAAUUAAAAACAUCAAGUUCCAUAAUUGUAAGUAAAAAUAUGUCUAGUAGACUUUGAGUGUGAUAUUAAUUUUGAUUUAUCGAAGUUUUUAUAGAAGAUUGACAAUAGUCGGCGAAAAAACGAAGUGCCUUCAAGUAUUGAUUUAAACAUUUAGAUAUCUGUAUUUUUAUAAUGAAAAAAAUUAAAAUGUGUUUCAUAGUAAAUCAAUAUUACUUUUUCAGUUUUUGUGAUAUACGUGUAUUUAUUUCUUGUAUUUUAAAAUCAAAUUGAUUAAUAAUUGAAGCAACAAUAUAUUUAAUCACAAUAUUUUAAUUAUAUGUUCGUAUUUGAAUUAUUUAUUGUUUUAAUAUCAAAAACAGUUGAAGUAAACAAAUAAAUGUCAGAAAUAUAAAUAACUGUUUUCAAAGAAGACAAUGCUUUUGACUAAAAGGUUUUUCCUAUGGGUAUUCGUUAUGCAAAAUAAUGUAUAAAGCCUCAAUUUAGAGUUAUAUAAAUUUUUUCUUUGUAGUUUGUACCAUGUUUUCACUUCUUCGAAAGCUGAAACAGAAUAUAUUCUAACAAUAUAAACUCAUAAUUUAUUUUUGUUGAAAAUGUAUUUUAUCUUCUCUGAAAAUCUCAUUUUUUUAGGUUAUUGAGAUUUAAAUUUUCAUUAUUCUUUUAUCUAUGUUUUCCACUCUUUUCUCUCCCUUUCUACUUUAUUCAUUUGUCGUACUGUUUUCCCCUUUUCUUCCUUUUAAUUCUACUUGUUCUAGUCAAGUUUUCCUAGAUCUUCCUCUUCUUAUUUUCUUAUAUCUUUUUGCUUCUGUCACUUUUCAUAUUAUGCUUUAUAGUGCUCUUCUCUAUAUGUGUUUUACCACAAACAUUUUCCAAGUAUUUUUGUUCCUGUUUGAGUUUUUUUAUAAUUACUUCAAUUCUUCUCAUAUACACCCUCGUUUCCCAUGUCACUUUCUUUAGUUGUUUCAUUAGCUGCUGUUAUUCUGUGUCUUUUUGUUCAUUACACAGGUUUCACUUCCAUAUGUUGGGAUUAGUGGGAAUGACUUUUUAUCUUUAUAAAAGUAAAUCACAAAUGCAAUACUGAAAUAAUUGUAUGAAAAAUCAAAAGUAUUAUAAAUAAAAAUUGUAUAAUGGUAAAAAUUUAUUUAUACAAUAUUGAUUGUGUUGAAAAAAUAUAAAAUCUAGAAGUAAAAAUAAUAUUUCCUUUUUAAAUUAAUAUGUCUCUAAAAUAAAUCACAUGAAGCAUCACUAGUUUGUCUUGAAACUAUAGUAGGAAGAGCGUUACUUUUCAAUUUUUUUCUAAUUAUCUACUCUGACUUUUCCCAUUGAUCACUAACGAAAUAAAGCUAUAAAAAAGAAGUUCUUUUAAUAUUGGACAUCAAUUUAGAAAAUAAAAGAUAACAUAGUACAGUAACAUCAUAUUUUCAUUUUAAACUUCGCAUAAAGCAGCUGAAUCUCCAGGAGUCCAAUUAGGAUCUUUUACACAAUUUAUUCUCCUCAAUUCCCUUCUCUUUGGAUCUGUUGGAAAGUAGCACAUAUUCAAACUAACUCCAUUCUUAUUUUUACAUCCAGGAGCCUAACACUUUGGUAUUUUUAACAAAUAUUUCAUCCUAACAGUAAAAUACCAAUUUUUACUCAAUCAGAUUUGUUUACACACAAACACACGCUUACGGUCACAUCACUGAUAGCCGAACCUAAUUCUGUGAAAGUUAGGGUACUGAAUAUGACGGAACCAAUCAGAAAGCUACUAAGGAUUGGCCACAUUGUAGCGCUACGUCCGCUGAAUGCGACUAUUAUGGAUAAUCCUUUUCUGUCAUAAGCAGCUGUGAAUUGUCUUUUUUAAACUAUUUGUUUUAAAAAAUGUUACUUCAAGUGUGAAAAUAUUCUUUAUUUAGUAUUGUAUAGAAUCAAUGAUUUUUUUUAUGUUGGUUAUGGAUUUUUUUUUUAUAAAAGCUCAUACUUUUAUCAGGGGUGGAUGAGAAAUCCCCAUCGGGAAUCUUUUGACCACACAAAUCACAAAGGUAACUUAAACAACACAAAAAUGGACACGAAAAUUAUUUAUUAUAUUCCGCAGUUAGUAUGAAGGAUACUCGGAAUAACAUGGAUUUUUAAUUAUUCGAUUUGUAAGCAUAUCUGAAAUGGUAUAUUCUGGGUAUGAUGUUUUGAAAUAGGGUUGCUGGUCAAGUUAGAUGGGGCCGAGGGAGGAGCGUAACUAGCGUUUGGUUUUGACCAGUGUUAAGAUUACCUCUGUGAGGUAGUCGCUCAAGUUGUUGGUCAUAUCAACGAAAAUGUCAAGGUCGUACCGAACCGGAAUGGUACGACGUUCGUUCCUGUUGAGUAUCCAGUCAGGAGAAAUAAGAUGCCCUGGCGUCGGUGUAACGCAACACCAAACUGAGUCUAACGUUUCGAAGGUUUCCUUCCAUAGUUGGAAACCAAAAGAUACUGCCAUGCCGAAGGUGCCUGGGGAUUCGGAGUUGAGGCAACGGGAUGACUGUAGCAGUUGAUGCCCUGCUAGUAACAUCGUUUUCGGCGAUGGGAUGGGUUGGAAUGGAUUGGCAGAAAUAGCCCUGCUCUGAAAUAGUUGAAAACACUAUGGGUUGCAGCUUGAAAGUUUCGGUGCUAGCUAGAAUGCUGGAAACAGCUUUGAGCAAUACAAUACAGACAGGGAAUCUCUUCGUAGAGAUUGUAGGUGGCUUCGUCGAUAGUGGCGUUUUAGUAGCCUGGAGCGUGAUCUGCUUCAAAAGUUGGCAGAGGUGGGAAGGAAGGAUAAAGGUGUUGACCCGCUUUGGUCUCAAUAACACCUAGUGCAUUGAGAUAUAGAUACACCGGCUCGGGUACGUUGAAAGCGUAGCCGUCGCAUUUAUCCAGGAUCAAGAUCUCUUCGGGAGAUUCAGAAUUCCGAGCCACAACAAAUUAACGCAGUAGUAUUACAAAAAUGUGUGUAAGGUCAGGUUUCAUUUUUCUAGUUGUAAUUAUAAUUCAACAUACAAAUUGAAAGUGCUUCUAUGACUUCUAUUAUGAAAUGAUUGCAAUAGUUCUUAUGGGAAUUUUUAAGUGAAAAGACUUUUUACUAUUCACUACUCUUCAAUUUUUGGCUAUAAUUUCUAUUUCAUGUUGUUGCUUUUCUUCCAAAAAAAUUAAACCUCAUGUUGCAAAACAAAUACCUUUUAUCAUAUACGAUAUCGAAACUUUUUUUCUUAUAAUAUACUAUUUCUAGCAUGCACUGUUAAAUUUUCGACUUAAAAUAUUAAAGAUUAAAAAAAUUGGGCUCAAUUUUGCAAAAAAUGUCAUUUUUUCACUUUUUUGAAGUUUAUUUUUCUUUCGACAUGUAAAAAUUAAAAUUUAAACAUUAUUAAUCAUUCGAUUUCUAAAAUAACACACUAAAAUAUGUUACAAAAAGUUUUCAAAUAAAAAUAUUAAAAACCUUUUUCAGCCAUGUGGCAAUUACGUGAUUUUUUUUAAGUGUGUCAAGUAAGGGUUAAUUAUUUGUUACAUAUCAAAUUAUUAUAUUCUGUUUUGUUUGUAAAUGCUUAUAUGAUUACAUAUUACCAACAUCGACUGGCUCAUAUGAAAUGUUUACAAAAACCUAACGAUCAUUUUUUCAUAAGGUCCGUCCACCCCUGUUUUCUAUUGUGCUAAAAUUGCUAGUUUAGUAUUAUAAUUGGGCUGUUGUUAAAAAGACUCGAGUAUAUUUACAGAAAGAAUUUAAUUUCGGAAACUUAGGUUAAUUUUUUAAAAAUUGGAAUAAGUUUCUUCAAAUCACUAUCAAAAUAAGUUCAAUUAAAAAUUAAAUUCAAAUUUGAUAAUUGGGUUAUUUUGUAAUAAUAUAACAGCUGAUACAGUGGGGAAAUACUUUACCUACUCUUAUUGUUUAAAGUUGGUAAACAUGUGAUUUGUUUUUUUCUCAUUAUUAUAUUGUUUAUGUUAUGUUAUGAAAUAUAAUAUUGAAAGAUAUUUUUUCCAAAUUAGGUUGAAAACUACAUUAUUUUACCAGUAGUUUUGGUUUAAUAUCCCCACAUAACUGUUUUAUUUUUCAUUUUUGGACUGUUUAUAUAUUCGUUAUUAAAUGUCUUUUGAUAUUAUUCUUGAAGUGAUUAUGUUAAUUUAGCUUUGCAUUUAUAACCUUCCAUAUUGCGUAGAAAAUAAAAAAAAUUGUAACA